CAAAACCUACUGCAUGUUUAAAAACCUUACAAAGUCGACUAAUGACACGAGCUUCACGAGGAAAUUCGAUCUUUGAAUAUUUUCAUAUUUUUCGUGGAUUUACUGUGUAAAAAGUUCAUUAUCUAAAAUGUCCGUGAUGUGUAAGUGGUGUUUAGUGAAGUUCCCAGGUGGGGAGCAACAUCUAACGCAUUGCCGGACAGACUGGCACCAUUUAAAUAUGAAGAGGAAACUUGCGGAUUUGCCCCCACUCAGUCAGAAAGAAUUUUCCCUCAAGAUGAAAAAUGAAAAGGAAGCGGAAGCUUCAAAGAAUACGCGGGAUGUUCUCUACUGUACGCCCUGCAAGAAAAAAUUUGCAUCUAAAAUUGCUUACGAAAACCACGUGCAGUCAAAAAAGCAUACUGAAAAUAUUGCUAUUUCAUCAGAGGAGCUUCAUGAUCCAGUCAUUGUGAAGAAACCCGUCAACGAAAUAGAGAAACCUGUCGAAAGUGAUAUUGAUGAUGAUUGGGAUGACUUGAGUGAUGCAGAUGAACUGGAAGACAUUGAACCAAUUACAUGCAUAUUUUGCUCUUUGGUUCACGAAACCCUCUCCCAUAAUAUCCGUCAUAUGGCUGAAGUACACUCCUUCUUUAUUCCUGACGUUGAAUAUUGCAGUGACAUUGGCGGCCUCAUUGGUUACCUGAUUGUGAAGGUGCAGAAGGAUUUCCUUUGCCUUUGGUGCCCCGAAACUUCAAAAGGAUUUGGAUCAAUGGAUGCUGUUCAAAAGCACAUGAGGGACAAGGGUCAUUGUAUGAUGCGUUUUGAGGAAGAUGUUGUUGAGGAAUAUGAAUAUUUCUACGACUACAGCGCAACAUACCCAGAUGGAAAUCUUGAACAAACUUCGGAAAAAGCGACAAUUACCGGUGAUGAGUUUCAACUGGUCCUCCCAUCGGGGAAUGUCAUCGGCAAUAGAUCCCUGAUGAGAUACUACAAGCAGCGCUUUAACUCAACUGCCCUGGCUCUUGAGACAAAGAAGAAGCACUCAAAAAUGUAUCUCCGUCACCUCAUGAGUCCUAAGGAGCAGGCUCAGUCUCGUCGUAAUGUGGCUAAAUGGAACAGGAAGUACACAAAGUGGUACAUGCAGCUCGGUACAAAAGCAAAUCAUCUGCAGAAGCAUUAUAGAGAGCAAGUUAACUUUUAAAUUAAUGUAAAAAUGCAGUGCAACCGACCACGCGGAAGGGAAUUGUUGGCUAAUAAAACUUCCUCUACAUAAAUAAA